AUGACACUGAAUCUGAAGAAGGGUAGCAAAGCCUAUACCCCAGCCUUCCAAGCAGGAGUAUUUACAUCCAAAUUGACGCAGGGCUCUGCAGUUUUAGUUGUAGUGUCUACAUGUUUGGGUUUCCCUGGUGGCUCAGAGGGUAAAGUGUCUGCCUGCAAUGUGGGAGACCCAGGUUCGAUCCCACAGUCGGGAAGAUUCCCUGGAGAAGGAAAUGGCAACCCACUCCAGUACUCUUGCCUGGAGAAUCCCAUGGACGGAGGAGCCUGGUGGGCUACAGUCCACGGGGUCGCAAAGAGUCAAAUGCGACUGAGUGACUUCACUUUCUUUCUUUCUACAUGUUUUAUAUUAUCAGGUCCCAAGUCCUUAUAG